AUGAAAUUCGGACGUGGCGGUGCGUUAUGGCAUGGGCUGGGCCUAAUUGCUGUUCUAUAUGCAGGCUGGCCCUCGACAGCCCACGCGGAAUACAUACCGCCUGGACCGAAGUACAAAUGUCCCGAAAAACCUAAACUCAUAUAUCCAUGCGUCUGCACCCACGGCACCGACGACGGUUUGUUCGUGCAGUGUGAAAACUCCAAUCUGGCUAGCCUCUCGGUGGCAUUCAUCAAUCUGGGCAGCAUGAAUAUGCCGAUCGUGCAGCUGCAUCUGAAGCGCUGCAAAAUCAAAAAUCUUUUUGGAACUCUGCUGCAUAAGCUGCCUGUAAAACAACUGCACAUUGCUGAUACCCCACUUGCCGACAUAGCCGACCAUGCGUUCUACGGUAUCAACGAUACGCUGCAAGAGCUCCACCUGGUACGCAGCGAGCUAACGCAAUUCCCAACAGAUGCGUUUAAGAUACUUGGCAUGCUGAAAGUCCUCAACAUCGACGGCCAUCAGAUAGAGAUACUGAAGAAGGGGGCUUUUGCCGGGGCGCAAUUCGAAGGAACGCUCGAGAAGCUACACUUCGUUAACGGUGCGCUCAAUGAGCUGUCAGCAGACAUUUUUGGGAGCCUCAAAAAGGUAAAAACCCUCGAUCUCCACGGCAACCAGCUGUUGGCGCUGAAGAAAGGUCAGUUCAAAGGAAUGCGCGAGGUGGAAGUUCUGGAUCUGAGCUACAACAAUCUCACCAAACUCGACGCAUCCCACGUGUCCGAUCUGACGAAGAUGACCUGGUGCAACGUGUCCAACAAUGCGCUGACGGAAAUCACGAGAGGAACGUUUGCACGUAACACGGUUUUACGCGUAGUGAAUAUGGCUGCUAACGCCAUCCGCAAGAUCGAUGCCAACACAUUCCGAGGAAUGCGGUUCUUGCGAAGGCUCUAUCUGAACGACAACAUGAUCAGCGAUGUGGGCCGGGGAACGUUCGGAUCCGUCACGCGCAUAGGCACGAUUGAUCUGGCGCGAAAUCGCAUCAAAAAGGUCGACUAUCAGAUGUUCUUCCAGCUGAACUACGUUGAGCUGAUAGAUUUGGCCGAGAAUGAAAUCACCGAAAUUCAAAAGGACGCUUUCAAGGAUCUCUAUCUCACACACAUCAACAUUUCCCACAACCGGCUGGAAACGAUCGAGCCAAAGUCGUUUAUCAACUGCGCUAACAUGACGGUGUUGGACCUAUCGCACAAUCUCAUCCGAGCGAUUCCGCGAAACGCCUUCGACGAGACGACGUAUGCAACCGAGUGGAUCAUGACGCACAAUCUGCUCACGAAUAUGUCUCAGCUUCCGUUGUCCAACAUGACUGGGUUGAAGGUUCUGAACGUGUCGUUCAACAACCUGGUUGAGAUACCGAAGAACACCUUCCCAAAGCUGUACGAGCUGCACACGAUCGACGUGUCGCAUAAUAACAUUUCGCACAUCUACAACGCCGUGUUUCAGAAUUUGCUCUCCUUGCGAAACCUCAACCUGAGCCACAACUCGUUGGAGAAGAUCGGCCCGUCUACGUUCGGGACGUUACCUACGUUGUUGGAAAUGGAUCUGAGCUAUAACCGGCUGCGGGAUAUCACUCGAGGUGCGCUGGCAAAGACGACGGGCUUACGGUUCUUGCAUAUGCAAGAGAAUAAGCUCGAGAAAGUGUUCCAAAUACCAAUCUCCUUGAACGAACUGAAUCUGGCGCACAACGAGAUUGCGGAAAUACCGGAGAAAACCUGGCCCACAAUGAACUCGCUGCUAGGGCUCGAUCUCAGCCACAAUCGGUUGGGAAAUAAUCUCGCCCGUGGCAGCUUUGCUGGAUUGCUCACUCUGCAGCGAUUACACCUGGAGUCAAAUGGCAUUUCGACUGUGCCGAAAGACAGCUUUGCUGAUCUCGGUACGAUGCAGUAUCUGUAUCUGGCUCGGAACAACAUCACGAACCUCCCGAAAGGCGCCUUUGGAAGCUUACCUAUCUUGUUCGAGUUGCAGCUCACCGAAAACGGCCUCGAAAGUGUAGCGGAGCGUUCAUUCGACGGGCUCUUACAGCUGCUGACGUUGAAUAUGUCUAACAAUCUGCUUCGUACGGUACCGAACGGAGCCUUCCUGGGGUUGGUUUCCUUGCGUCGGCUCGAUCUGUCCUCCAACUUGAUCAGCUCAGUGGACAAUAAAACGCACAGUCUGCUGGAGGAUUGUCUCAGUCUAGAGGAGCUCAAUCUCAGCCACAAUCGGAUAAGCUUCGUCACACGGAAGACGUUCCCGUCGAACCCUUAUAUCCCAUAUCGGUUGCAAUCAGUUGAUCUCAGCUACAACACGAUGUCCAUCGUAACAGGUGACAUGAAAGUCGGCACCAAAACCGUUCGCCAUCUGAACCUCUCACACAACAACAUCAAGGAGAUCCGACCAUUCGUUCUCGGCAAUCUAACAUCCCUGGACACGUUGGAUCUCUCGCACAACGAGCUGACGAAGCUCGAAAACGAGGUGUUCAAUCUACCGGUCAACUUCAGCGCACUCUACCUGAACCAUAACAAGCUAUGGAACGCGUCCUACGAGUCAUUGUUACGGUUGAACAACCUAACCACGCUGGAUCUGCGCUCAAACGAGCUGACCCGCUUCGAACCAGAGUUGGUGCGCAAAAUGAAAGCCAACAACGUGACGGUCGCGCUCGGUGGCAACCCACUCGUGUGCGAUUGCUACAUGCGUCCUCUGUAUCACCAUCUGAGGACACUGCCAUCUAUCGGAGAACCAUACCGGGAGCUAGAGUGUGCCAGUCCAAGCCCACUCGCACAGGAACGACUGUACAACGUGUCCGAUGAGUUGCUAGCGUGUGUCCCCGCUGUCAACGAGGAUGCGUAUCGGCCGUUGCCGGAUCUACGUUUCCGAGAGAUCGCCUUCUUCCGCGGGCAAUUGAUCGUGAACUGGUACGUGGCUGCAACGUCUGAUGUGGCCGAUUUUUACGUGUAUAUUCGCGAUCGAGCAAACAGGAUCAUCGUCGAACGGACAGUAGCGUACAGCAGUCGUACGACGUCGAUCAACGGCAAUGACAUCCGGCCUCAGGGUGAUCCUCAGCUGGAACUGUGCGUGCUGGCGAAGACCAGUGACGGUGCGAUCAACUUCCUUGACACCCAGUGUGUGCCACUGCCAGCGGACCUGGACGCGAUCAAGCGGCAAUACAACGCGCAGUACAACUACAAGUACCCGCUCAAUCUGGCCAAGGCCAGUGCUCGAUCGCGGGCGAGCAGUGAUAUGCAGGCCGGUGUGGCCACUCUACUGGCGCUUUGGUUUUCUGUGCUCCGGAUGCUCUAAAUCUGCGGGAGUUGCUCUGCCACCUGCCAGGGAACGAAGAAGAGGACGUAUUUAUUAUUCGCGUCCCACGAGCCGUGUAGCUUUAGUGCCGCGAAUCCUCA